UGUUUGAAAUUUGAAAACGACCGUGAGACAGUCUUGGACUUGUGCCAGAAAGAGGUGCCGCUGUGCAUUGAGGUCCUUUUGGCAUGCAGUUGCGAAGAAAUUGACGCCAAAACCGAUUCAUUAGACAGCGCCUACGUUCUGGAGCAGUGGCAUUUCGACAUCCAAUCCAAAAAGACCGCCGUUCCGAUUUUCUUCAACCUCAAUCAGCUGGUCAGCGCGAUCCGAUCGCAGCUCUACUUCUCCCAGAUCACCGCAUGGCUGAUGACACGUGACGAAACCGAGGCUGGUGGUAUAACCGAGAAUAGCUUCCGCUCCUACCUGACUGCCCCUGGAAAGACGCUGGCCACUUCCAUAUUUCAUCUGUCGGCCAACAAACACGAAUUCCCCGAGACAGACAUCGGCAACGGACUUACAUUGAAAGUGUGUUGUUACAGCCUGCCCAGAACCUCCACCAUUCCCGACAUCAAGUGCAAGAACUGUGCUACGAAAAAGGUUUACGACAUAAUGGACCUGGAAAACUGCCUGACCCCUCGAACCGCCGAAAACGGGGCUCAUACGAAGGACAACCACUCUCCCCAAGACACCAACGACGACACGCACAAGAAUUGCUUGUUCGACGACAGAAUGGUCACCUCUUGCACGUUGAAAGGCAAACACAGAUGUGACGACCUGGAAGAGGAGGACAACAUCAAAAUCGACAAUAAUCUGAACGUGAAAAGACUGUGCCAGAGCAAGAAAAACGAGCCUUCGACCAGCUCCCUGAAACGUAACCUAAAGGUGUAUAUCGAACACUCGACGCCUUACAGCAGCGAUAAGUGCGUUCCGAGGAAUGUCAGGCUAGAUAUGCUUCACACCAAAAAUGAUCUCAACAAGGACAAGGGACAGUUGUUGUUGGACGCUAUCGAACGUAGCGGCAGGAAUAGUACAAACGAAAGUGCAAGAGAGAAUGAAAGUGAUCCUGUAAAUUGUGAUAAGCGAGCAAGUGAUAUAUUUAGUAUUAAGCAAAACAGUAAUUUUAGCAUAUACAAACAAUGUGAUAGCCCUAUUCCGCAUGUGGGACCGAAGAAAAUGAGGGAUAUAUCGAACAUCGACGUGGCGAAGUGCAUGAACGUCAAGAAGAAGAUCGUCUUCGACGAAGAAAAGGAGGGUGGUCUAGUAGAGAUUCCUAGUCCUUCGGAGAAGGCAAAGUUCCGCAAGAAUUUGGGCAGCGCCGCUACUAUGGUGUUCCACGCCAGGACGGGACUUCCUCUCACGAGUAGUCCUGCGCCUGUGCGGAAGGGGAAGUCCUCCUUUGAUUUCGACUCGUCUAUCAACUCAGUUUCAGCAAUAAAAAGUGCAUUAUUUUCCAACGGCUUCUCAACAGACGACGAAAGUGAGAGCGAUGGAAGUAUAGUAUCGCCUUGCAGCCCCGAUAUAUUGCCGACUAGCCAUUGUCAGGUGUCCCCCAUCAAGUUUCGGAGGAAAGGACAUGCAGCGGGUUUAUUAGGUAGCUUCGAGGAAUCCGUUCUGAAUGGUCGUCUAGAGCCAGUGUCAACCGUCCAUGGUUUCACAGCCGAGCUGGGAGCAAGCGGAUCAUUUGUUCCUAAGCAUCUCGUCGUGCCCGUCACAGUAUUUUUCUACACUUUGGGCGACAACGACAAAGUGUCCUCACCAUAUCUUAGUCAUAUUAACCUCGGCAAGAAAGGCUAUAACGUGCCCAAAUCAGGAACCGUUCAAGUUACCCUGUUCAACCCCCUGAGGACGGUGGUGAAAAUGUUCGUCAUCAUGUAUGAUCUCUCUGACAUGCCGCCCAACUCCCAAACUUUCAUUAGACAACGCACACUCUACAUGCCGACCAAAUGCAAAGACGCCAAUCUAGAGUGGGGUCCAAAAUGGCUCAGGUAUCUCAUACAUUUGAGAUUCAUGAGUUCAAAGUCAGGAAAAAUCUACCUCCACAGCGACAUAAGAAUGAUAAUAUUCCGCAAGUGCGACAUGGACACAGCAACAGCUCACGGUAUUGACAUGAGCUACGAACUGCGCAGCUUCACUCACGCCCCUUCUAAUCCGAAAUUCUCGCCUAGGAAGUAACUAGGAGUCAAUUCUGUUGGCAAUGAUAAUCCGUCGUCCACGAAUUUUUACAGAUACCUGUGCCGCUUGGUACUCGGUUGUUUUUUUCAGAAGUAGGAGGAUCAUUCGGGAUUUCGCUGAAUGCCUUUCGGUCUACGCAAUGCACCAUACGCAUGGCAAAGAACGAUGUAUCGGAAGAUAUGGACAAAAAACUAGUGAUGCAUCUUGAUGAUUUUUGUUAUUGACAUAAUUUGGAGUUUUUGAAACACUUCAGUUGAAACUCUCGGAAUGGUCCACCUGACGAACAGACAGUUUUUGUUUGGAAAAUCCAAUAAAAAAAUAUCGUUUUUGUUUUUCAUCUCCAUUCUAGACGAAAUAGCUCAUCAACUGCCAUUUCAGUGUAAAUGUUGUAAAUACGACGUAGGAUAAUUUUAAACGUUUCUUUAACACUACUGGUAUUAUGAAAGUUACAUGAAUUUGUGAGGAGAAAUUCGGAAAAUAUAUUGAUACUUUCGUUAUUUUUAGGUACAGAAUUGGUUACUGUUUUUAUAGGUUGGGAAACCAGUAAGGUAGUGUUACAGUCCAUUUUAUUUAGCAUAUUAUGCAUUUCUUAAAUUUGUCCUACUUCUCCUUGACCUAUGCCACUGAAUAAAAUUUUGGUUUUUAA